UAUCAUCUGUCUGUCUGUCUGUCUGUCAGGGUGCACCCACCCACCCUCCAUUCAUCCAUCCGGCCAUCCUUCAGUCACGGGAGGCUGACCUCCUGUCGGCCGUCGCACGUCCCCUCUGCCGCACGAAGGGAUAGGAAAGGAAAGGACACACAUCCAUACGCACCACUCGUGUCUUGUGUGUGACGGCAUCGACUACAAGGCCUACCUGCGAAGGGUCGUUGGUUUGUGUCUUGUGUGUCGGCGGUGCUCGUCGAGUGGGAUGGCGCCAAACCUAAAGCGAUUGACAUGACAACAGACAGACAGAUGGAAACAGGUGAGUGAGUGAGGUGACAGCGAUGCACAUGUGUGCCUUUUGGGGGUGUGUGUGGGUGGAUGUACCCUGUGAGUGUCAUGCCCGCCCAGCAGUGUGCAGACGUAUUUGGCGCGGAUCGUUGCUGCACGGGCAGCACCCUCUUCCGCCUCCGCCACGCUGCCUCUCCUGAGGGCACGGGAGGAAAGGCACAGAUACAUCAUCAUACCCAUGUUGUUUGUGUCUUCCCUAUGUUGGCCCCCACUCACUCACCCUGAUCUGCUUCGCCAGACGCUGCCUCUCCUGAACACAUCGAUGCAUCCAGCCAUCGUCUGACAAUCCAAUGAACAUCCAUUCAGUCACUCUGCAGUGCAGCCGUCGUCCGCCAUGUACCCCUCCCUCAUCACAAUACAUCACGGUCAAAAUGGUCAACAGCCCAUCUCUCUCUCUCUCUCUCUCUCUCUCUCUCUCUCCCUCUCUCUC